UACUCUUACAAAACAGUGUUUUCCGUUAUAAAUUCCCCAUUAGCAGAGUUUUAGAAGUAACAGGUGGAAACCGCAAAACCAACAUUAAAACCCCCCAAUAAAUUUAAAUGGGAAACUCCAAUCGCAAAAACCGGCAACAUAAUCCACAACAACAACAGCAGCAACAGGUGGAAGGUUCAUCAAUUCCUCUCCCUUCAAAUCCUAACUAUUUAUACCAACCUCAUCAUCCUCCUCCUCCUCCCUUCAUUCCUCAACCUCAAUCUUCUUCUUCUUCAUCAAUGGCGCUGACGUUGCCCUACUCCCAUGUCGACUCUUGUUUACGCUCUCUCUCCGGCCAAGCUCAGGGCUUUGGCCGCCACUCCGUUGGUGGUCUUCACGGCCCCCUUUUUCACGUCACCACCCUCUCUGAUGAUGGACCUGGAUCGCUAAGAGAAGCGUGUCGGAGAAAAGAACCACUCUGGAUUGUCUUCGAAAUUUCAGGUACAAUUGAACUGAGGUCGUACUUGAAUGUGUCAUCUUAUAAGACGAUUGAUGGUCGUGGGCAAAGAAUUAAGUUCACUGGGAAAGGGCUAAGGCUGAAGGAAUGUGAGCAUGUGAUAAUAUGCAAUCUAGAGUUUGAAGGUGGCAGGGGGCAUGAUGUUGAUGGGAUUCAGAUCAAACCUAAUUCUAAGCAUAUAUGGAUUGAUCGCUGCACUUUGCGUGAUUAUGAUGACGGCCUCAUAGACAUCACCAGACAAAGUACUGAUAUCACUAUUUCUAGGUGUCAUUUCUCUCAGCAUGACAAAACAAUGCUCAUUGGAGCAGAUCCUUCUCAUGUUGACGAUAGAUGCAUUCGGGUGACUAUUCACCAUUGCUUUUUUGAUGGAACUCGGCAGAGACAUCCUCGCUUGAGAUUUGGAAAAGUUCAUCUUUACAAUAAUUACACCAGGGGUUGGGGUAUAUAUGCUGUCUGUGCCAGUGUAGAAUCUCAGGUAUAUUCUCAGUGCAACAUUUAUGAAGCUGAUAAGAAGAAAUCAGUGUUUCUGUACUACACAGAGAAGGCCGCCGAUAAAGAAGAAGAAGCUACUGGGAGCAUAAUAUCAGAAGGAGACCUAUUUUUAAAUGGAGCUGUAUCUGGUGUAACGGCUUUGGAGGAUGAAGAGACCGUGUUUCAUCCUAGUGAGUUUUACAGUGAGUGGACAUUGGAACCACCUACUGAGUCCCUCAAACAUAUUCUACAGCACUGUACAGGAUGGCAGAACGUUCCUCGCAUGCCUGAAAAACUCUCUGAUGCUUAGUCACACUAUGGAGCAACAACAACAACUACCAACUUUACACAUACAUAGGGGGAUCGGAGUAGCCAUUGCUUGGCGUUUAUGAAGUAGAUAGAUAUACAGUCCAGUAUUAUUUUUCGAUUCUACGAUAUGAUUCUGAUAAUGUCUGAAAACUAGAAAUAUUGAUAAAUAAAAAUAAACUCGUUCUUGCCA